AUGCUACAGCCAGUAGAUGUUAAAUUUGGAAUUCACCCCGAUUUGAGCACUGUUUCUCACCAGUGGAGAAGAACCUGUCGACAAACCUCCGACUUUGAUGGCUUUACAGUCAAUUUGUCGGUUCCGGUGGAGGUAGCUGUCGGUCUUUUGCUUAAUCUUCUUCAUCUGGGAUCUAUCAGGGCUUUAGUCGGAUUGAAACUAAUAAAGCAUAAAAAACAUGUACAGACCAAAACUGAGUUGAAGAACUCUACAACAACUUUAGGAUCUGUUUACUUUCAUAGACCGGAAUAA